CAAAUAGAUAAUGACUAAAUUGUGAUAAGUUACAUAAAAACUGAUUCAAUACUUGAGUCACAUUUAGUCUUCAAUUAACGUUUGCGGGAAUAAAGUGAAGGAAGAGAAAAGCUCUCGUACGUGUGUGAAAAUGAAGGCGUUGAUUUGCAUAAUUCUGUCAUUAUGUGCAGCAACACAUGGACAAAUCGAUAUACCGUGCAUUCUAGGAUUCUCUGACAAUGAAUAUACGUGUAGAUUGCCACAAGUGGAUUUAGCACAAUUCGAUACUUUUGUAAUCACGAGUGCAAAUCACUUGCCAGGUCAAAGUGAUGCAACGGUUGUGAGCUUUGUAAGUAUUAACAACAACUUCCAGUAUUUCCCGACAACGCACAUUUCUCGAUUCACAAACUUGGCAGCAAUUAAAAUUACUGGAAGUAACAUUACGGAUUUACCACCUCAAUCCAUUGCUAAUCGUCCACUUUUGAGAAGAUUGAACUUGAACAGCAACUUUAUUUCCACAAUUAGUCCACAAGCCUUUACAAAUACUUUGGGAAUCCAACAAAUACUUAUGAUGUUUAACCUCCUUACAAACAUUGACAAUGCUGUCUUUGGACUUUUUAAUAACCUAUUUGAAUUGGAUUUAAGCUCAAAUCUCUUCACAAUGAUUCCAGCAACAGCCCUUCAAACUAACAGAGCAAUAACAGCUUUAAGUAUGAACGGAAAUCAAAUUACUUUUAUCAAUGCAACAUUUUUCGAUCAUCUUAUUGAGUUGAGGAAUUUUAAUUUCCUUACAAAUCCUUGCUACAGUGGUCAAUUUGCCAAUCUUCAUACAGUAGCAGGUCGAGUUGAUUUAAAUACUAGAUUAGCACCAUGCUUUACACUUGGACCUCGUAGAUUAACUUGUUCAUUUGGUACAAACUUCCAAGGAGUCAAUUUUGGACUUUAUACUUGCUUGUUACGUGGAAUUGAAGUUAUUAAUGUCGAUGAUCAAAUUGAACUUGGUGGAUUUCACGUAGCUGGAAAUACAAAUGCAAAUGUUGAGCAUGUAUGGAUUGAUGCAUCAAAUGUCAGAUACAUUUUAAGUCAAUCUUUCAAUACAUUCCCCAAUCUUCGUCAUUUACGUUAUCAAGGAUCACGUCUUGAAUAUAUUCAGCCUGGAGCUUUCAUAAAUGCAACAAAUUUAAAUGAAUUGACAAUUUUAAUGAAUGCUAUAAGAAGACUUGAAGCCAACACCUUCCAAAAUGCGACCAACUUGCAAAUCCUAAACAUGUGGUUCAACAAUUUAGAAUACAUCGAUGAAGCUGCUUUUACUGGAUUAAUCAACUUACGAGAAAUUCAUCUUUAUGAUGGAAGAUUAACCACUCUAGCUCCAAAUACAUUCGCUCCAGCACCUCAAUUAUAUUUAGUAGAAAUUGGAUUUAAUCAACUUCAAACGAUUGAUCAUCGCUGGUUCGUACAGAAUCCAUUAAUUGGUCAACUUAUGUUCAACACCAAUCAAAUCGAUGAGAUUUUCCCAGCUAUUGUAGACAUGCCAAACUUGACAACACUUCGUCUUCGUAACAAUGUCUGUAUUGAUAAUGAAUUUACUAUUACACCUGCUAAUCGUGAACAAGUAAGACUUGCCCUAGAGACUUGCUUCCUCAACUAUCCAUUGAGAGUACAACGCUUUACAUUGGAAUUAGAAGGAGACUUGGAACUGACUGAUGACGAUGGAAGGAUCAUUGUUCAACUCUAAAGCUAUUUAUGUCAUCAAAUUUCUUGCCUGCUUACGUUAAUCCUCUGAUAUCAUCGAAAAAUAUUUAAAGACACACAUUUAUCGAAAAAUUGAUAAAAUUUGUGCUUCCUUCUGAUAAUUUUUUUUUUGUCUAUAUAAACCUAGAUUGAAAGAAGAUAAAGCAGUAAGUUUAUACUGCAUAAUUUUUUGGGACAAUAUUAUACUGUUAAACAGCUGAAUUGCUAAAUCAAUAAAAUAUAAUUCUAGUAUAUUGAAUUCCGUCAGCAAUGAAGG